AUGCGAUUUAUUUUGGUAUUCUGCUCAUUCUUACACUUCGCGAAUGGCCAAUUUGCUGAGAUCGCUUCUAUAGCCACAUCCUUACUGGGGUCAGGACUCGGUCCAGCGCUUGGAGGAGUUUCGAGUGCAGGAUCGGCUGCAGCACCGGGAGCCCUCGGUGCAUUGUCACAGAUCGGACAGCUGUAUCAACUCGCUCAAGGCGCAUUACAACUGACCGGCACUGGUGUUGGCGUGCUUAAUCAAGCUUCGGAAGGCAACUGGUUCCCAGCUGCCCUCGAAACAGCGUCGAAAAGCGCGAGUGAUGUAGUGGCAAGUGGCCCACCACCACACACGAUCCAACCCCAUACUGAUACUUACCCAGGCCAACCGAGUUUCCCUCUCGGGUUGGUCAAUUGGUACUACAGUGCGUUCCAUAAUUAUAAGCUCUUCUGUGCUCUGGAACUGACGGUUAUUCGCAUAAACCUGUCUGUCUAUUAUGCCCGAGAUAUUUUCCAUCGGAUUGAGAUCGGGACUGCAGGCUUGCCAUGGCAGGACGUCUAUUUAUUGGCAUUGCAGCCACUCAUCCGCUGCACGGCUUACAUGAAUGUAGGAGAUGUCUUGUUGAAAGACAUAGUUGAGGUGACGGCGAUGGCAUAG